GGAAAAUACAGUGAACACAUAUGGUAAUCACUUGUUAGUUUUCAACAAAUAUUGCGUAGUGAGAAGUUGUAAAUGCAGCAACUAGCCCAUAAAAAGAUAACGUGCAAACCGGAUAGUGACCACGUCAACAGUACAGGAUGCGAUCUCCGUUUAAAGACAGAAAUUUUCAUGUAAAAGGUCCCAGUUGGGAAAAAAACUUCCAUUGAAACGAAUAUCGAGGAGACAACUGUCACACAUCAGGUUCAACUGUUCAAGUUAAUGGCGGAGCCACUUUCAAGUAUGGAUGAAAUCAACGACGUGUUACGCCAAGGUGUCGAUAUCAAUUGCGUAAAUGGAGAAGGGUUGACGCCACUUCUCCAACUGACAAAGAGAGGCCACUCAAGGAAAGAUUUUAUGGAUGCGAUCCGACUCUUGUUGAAUCAAGAAGGAAUAGACGUGAAUUGCAAGGAUCAAGAAGGGUGGAAUGCCCUGUUUUAUUUGUGUCGGCUCUAUCACCAGAAGAACCUCGUCGACAUAGUCAGGUUAUUAAUACAACACGGAAUCGACGUUACCUGGAAAAACCAAUUACGCCAAAAUGCCUUAUUGAUACUGUGCCUCUAUUACCCACAAGAGAACUUGAUAGAUAUCGUCCGUCUUUUAAUUGACAACGGCAUUGAUAUUCACUGGCAGGACAAGGACGAAUGGAAUGCCCUAAUGUUUUUAUGCACCAAUUAUUACGGUGAUAAUUUGAUUGAUUUAGUUCAACUCCUUAUUGGAAACGGAAUCGAUGUUAACUGCAGAACACAAGUCGGAUGGAAUGCCCUACAUUGCUUGUGUAAAAAUUACAAGAAUAAUAACUUAAUUGGUAUUGUUCGACUUUUCAUUGAGGCCGGAAUCGAUAUCAACUGCGUCAACCACGGCGGAUGGAACGCCCUCCAAAUUCUAUGUGGAAAUUACGCAGAAGAAAAUCUGAUUAACGCCGUUCAACUUUUUAUCGAUAAUGGGAUCGACGUCAAUUGCAGAAACAAUGACGGCUGGAAUGCUCUAUAUUGCUUAUGUAAAAACUACAAGAAUGUUAACUUAAUUGAUAUUGCUCGAAUUUUGAUUAGAAACGAAAUCGUUGUUAACUGCAGAACCCAAGACGGAUGGAACGCCCUCCAUAUUUUAUGUGGAAGUUACGCGGGAAAAAAUCUGAUUAACGUAGUUCAACUUUUUAUCGACAAUAGGAUCGACGUCAAUUGCAGAACAAAAGACGGGUGGAAUGCUUUACAUAGCUUGUGUAAAAGAUAUAAGAAUAUUAACUUAAUCGAUGUUGUCAGACUUUUGAUUAAGGCCGGAAUUGAUAUCAACUGCGUCAAUCACGACGGAUGGAACGCCCUCCAAAUUCUAUGUGGAAAUUACGCAGAAGAAAAUCUGAUUGACGUAGUUCAGCUUUUCAUCGACAAUAGGAUCGACGUCAAUUGCAGAACCAAAGACGGAUGGAAUGCUCUCCAUGGCUUGUGUAAAAAUUACAAGAAUUUCAACAUCAUUGAUUUAAUUCGGCUUCUAAUUGGGGCUGGAAUUGAUAUCAACUGCAGAAACCAACGCGGAUGGAACGCCCUCCAUAUUUUUUGCGCAAAUUACGUGGAUGAAAAUCUGACUGAAGUAGUUCAGUUUUUUAUCGACAACGGAAUCAAAAUCAACGGAAAAAUCUACGGACAUAGCGGCUGGAAUGCUCUUCAUAUUCUGUGUAGGCACAAUUCAAGCAUCAAACUGAUCGACACACUGUGACUGUUGAUUCGAGCUGGGAUUGACGUGAAUUGCAACUUAAAAGCACGUAAUCCUCAAUUACUUAUUCGACAAAAUUACAAACAAGAAAACAUGGAAGAAAUCAUUGCGCUUCUUAACAAAAGGAGUUUACCGAUG